AUGAAUGGAAUGAAAUUCGAAAGUGAGAUGGUAAAUAUCACGUUACCAUUGAACAUUUCAACUUUCUUGAAAACCAAUUCAAUCAAGUCACCAAUCAAGUAUAGAUGGAAUAUUCAAAAAAAUACAGAUACCAUUGCAAUUUUAAAGCAACCUGGAAAGAUGAUAUCUAUCAAUUCAGUUGUAAAUAGUUUACAACUUGAUCCUUCACCUCAAUCUUAUUCGAAAUACUUAUUCGACAUUGAGAUGAAACAAUACGACAGUCAGGCAACUUAUGUUUGUGCUAACAUUGGAUCAGCAUCACUGGAAACUGAUUGUGCCAUUUCUAUCAAGAAUAAUCAAAUAGCAACUUGUGAAUGCUCUACAUUAGGAUAUAAUCUUGCAAUUCUUGAAUACAAAUCAAUUGAAACUGCAUCAACCUCCUCUUCAUCAAAUUCAAAUAUAAUUGUCAAAAAACCUGCAACUAGCAAUCCAUUAAUGUGGUUAUUAAUGUUACUAGUCCUCAUUCCACUAACUGCCCUACUAAUUGCAGUAAUUAUUUGGUUUGUAGUAAAGAAACUCGGUAAAGAUAAGAACAAUACAAGAAAUUCACACUCAUACAUGCAAACACAAGAAAGCAGUUCUACGAUUGAAUUGAAGCAUGUUUAA